GAUCUGUGUAAUGAAAUUCACGCACCGUUCGUUCAUGAGGAGAUAUCCAUCAUUUCCUCCAGGUUUACCUUACUUUAAGGUGUCCUCAUCAUCAUUGUCCAACUUCUUGCCUCAAAUUGUAAGAUCGAUGACCUGGUCCUUUUCGCUUUUAUAUAUGGAACCAGUUAUGGCGACUAUGUGCUGGAGGCUAAGAAAGAAGGAAUCGCAGAAAUCGAGCCACCUUACCGUUACUGGCUGAAGAAGUUCAAUGAAGCUCCGCCAAAAAAAACUAUACGGAAAAUAAUUGACGAGGAUCUAUUCAAGUAUGUAGAGACGCACAUGACUGAAGCGCAGAUCGAACUUCAAGGGUUCGUCGAGGAAGCAUGCAGGUUGGUGGAGCUCGAUCAUUUACAACCUCGCUCAAACCCGAAACUCGUUGCCCCCCAAAACGUUCUGCAAAGAACAGUCAAUUCUCACACACACUACAUCGACAUGAAACAUGCUGCCAGAAACGCCUGCCAGUGGAUAUUCAGAAAGGAUCGCGAUGCCUUUCUAACACUCAUUAGAUCAACACUCGUAGAAGUGGAGAUGUACGGGACUGGUCCGGAUGGUGUUACAGUAGAAGUUUUUACAACUGGUGUUUACGACCUUUUUGACGCCCCGUCUCAAGAGUCAGUCGAAAGGGUUCAUUCUGCAAGAUCUCUCUUGAAUGGGCAGGCGAACGGACCAACUUCCUCCGAGGCAGUGAAAUAUCUAAAUAUCAGCAACAUCUGGAGACCUUGGCUGCCGGGUACAUCACCAACACUCGUUCUUGAAGUAUUUCAAGUUUGCGGGAUUGUAUGGGCCAAAGCAAAACUUAUGCGAAAUUAUGGUGCGAUUCUUGGUUGUCAGAUGGGUCUUGGUAAGAUAGUUCAAGCUCUUGGAGUCAUUCGAGCCAUGGCAGACGAUCCAGAGGUGGCGAAGAAGUGGAAACCAAAAGUUACCUUGAUUGUGGUUCCAGCCAAUGUGUUGACCUCUUAACACAGCAAAAUUACAAAGUUCUUCCCA